GGAUUCACUACCAUGUUAAAGCAUCACUGUUAUUUCCUAAAAUAAGACACCCAGGAUUGGACUGAACCCUCCAAACAGUCCGGCAGUGAUGUCCCUGAAUGGCUCCCUUCUGGCACAUGGCUGCAAGUCCAGCCUCGUUGGACACCUCUCUUCUGGUGAAGCCUUUACCCACAUCCACUUCCACACCUUCUGUGGUCUCCACAACCACUUGGAAGCUCAGCUUCAACAUUCAUGGCCUCUACUCAAGCAACUGGGAAUUGCCAGAGAGAACCUCAUCAGGGUGUCAGCCAAAGGAGGGGAUGCACCAAGGGUGCUGCUUGAAUUGACUACAGGCCCAUGUUCUAUGAUGGCAGACGGAGAUGUCAGGAUGGAAAGCAACACCACUCAAACCAACUGGACCCUUUCUCUGGGGAACCAUUGCCCUAUAUUAGAGAAAGCAGGCUUUCCACAGAGCCUGGCCACCAGGGGCUCCUUCAGGGCUGGGUUCUGUGACGGUGACCUGACCAUGGCCCUCCAGAGCGAUGAAGGAGAUGCCCAUGUGCACUUAGCAACUUCUUGCAGACAAAAACCCUUGGUGCAAGGAAGCCUGCACCACUCCUUCAGGCCUCUGAGCCGCCUGGGGCUGCCUCCCAGCAGUGCCAUCCACCUGCAGGCAGGGUUGGGCCCUGCCCCACACAGCUCCUUGACUCUCCAAGUUGGGCAGUGUCGGCUUCAGGGCAGAAUGGAGUUCCAGUCCAGGAACAGAACCCAGUGGGUACUGGAGACAGAGACGGAGUGUGAUCUACUGCAGGACCUUGGAAUCCCCGCCCAGAUGCACCUCAAUGGAUCAACUCAGGUUGCCGGCUGUCAGGUUAAGCUGCUCUGCACCCUCUUGACGGGUGGCCAGACAGCCUUCUUGGAACUCAGGGGAGCGUGCCAACCACAGCUCACCAUCCGGGCCAUAUUCAGGCACACCUUGCCAGAGCUCUGGGCCAUUCCAGAGGAGACCAAGCUGUCUUUUCAAGCUGGAAAACAGACCAAGUACCAGCUGGACCUGAAGCUGAGAUCAGGAGCCUGUGAAAUCCAAGCCAAUGGGGAUCUGCAACUGGAGAGAAAGUUCCAGUGGAGGGGGCUGGUGGAGAAUUCCUGCAAAGCACUGCAGGCUCUUGGGGCCCCACGUCGGAUUGAUGGUUCAGGCUACGUGGUGGUGAACAGUAUGGAUCUGGAUGCCCAGAUGUUGGUCACUGUAGAUGACAGCACCCUUCGAGGCCUUCUCGUCCUGAAGGCCACUGAGACACACCAAGAACUAGACAUGCUGUUUACCCACAACCUCCCUGAUGCUCUCCACUUUGGCAUCCCAACUCGGACCCUGGCAGAUGUGACCACAGUGAGAAGUAACCAUAGUUACAGGCGUACCAUCCGGUUUGGCAUGGACAGCAAGCAGAUUUCUGAAGAGCUCAGCUUCACUCAACAAUCAGACUACAUUUCCCUCGACUACAAAAUCCGACACAAUGUCCCAACAUUGCAGGCAUUGGGGUUAGAAGAUAAGAUAGACUUGCAGGUCUCUCUGGACCACCAAGCAGCCAAGAACUUGAGUGGCAGGGCUCAGUAUGGCUCAGGCAUCAUCAUCUUUGGAGGCCAAAGCCAGAGCACCACAACCAGACAUUCCUGGUCUGGUACCCUCUGGCAUAACUGGCCUGUGUUGUUGCAGUGUGGACUCCCAGAAUCACUUCAGGUUGUAAUGUACCUUCAAGGAACCAGUUUCAACAUUGAUAGCUCCGUGAACAUUCUGGUGGGGCAGACGUCUCUCAACUACACCACGAGCUGUUCUUAUACCAGACAGCAAAUGGCGUUCUCCUGCUGGAGUAGACAUAACAGCAGUGCUCUGAGGGAAGGAACUGGCUACCCAGAGGUGGUUGGCCUCACGGUAGUGCUACAGACACAAGAAACCCAGACCCAGGGCAGCGUGGACAUCCAGGGAGGAGACAGGAAAGUCAGUGUGGAUUUGGCAGCUCUGAUGUCCUUGGAACUAAAUGGGACCCUCAAGCUUGUGGCCCACAUCCAACACACAGUGCCAAUUCUCAGGCAGCUGGGCCUGCCCUUCACAACCCAGUUGUUAUUCCAGGAAAUCCUGGCAGCCAGUGAAAUGAAAACAUCCUUGGAAGUAACCUGUGAGUCUGAAACAAGUCUUCUCAUUCAUGUGAGGGGAAGGAAUCAACCACUCAGAAAAGAACUGUAUGUUACCAGCCAACAGCAUCUCUCCUUCCUCCUCAAUCACUUCCCUAGGACAGCCAAGCUUUCCACCAAGGUGAGUUACUCCAUGAGUGAAGCCGAAAGCAUGAUUGCCGUUGACCUGGAAAAGCACCAUUUCCACGUGGCCACAAAGCUGACAGUUACUGCAUCCAACCUCACUCAAGUGACUGAGCUGAUGCAUACAAUUCCCCAGCUCAAAAUGAUCCCCUGGGAAAUGGUGCUCGUGACCAUGUAUCAGAAAGCCAACGGGACAAGGAGCAUCCAACAGUUGGUACUUUGGGACGGCCAGGAGUUCAAGUUCAUUGGCAGCUACACAGGGCUCUUUCCCAAGUUCUCCAGGAGCGAGCACAUGCAGGUGGAACUUGUCCAUCCUCUCUCCAUCCCUUUUCCUCAACAUUCCAAGAUCACCACGACCCUGCUACACUCAGUUCACAGCCAUCAAGAUAAUCUAGUCAUUGAAUGGAAUGCCAAGGAACAGGUGGUGCUGUCCUCCUCUCUAAAGCUGGGGAAGGAUCACGUGCGUGGCCAGGUGGCUUUUGCUCAUCCCUUCAACCUAUCCUGGAGCCACAUGGAAGCCAAGGGCCUGGCAGAGAAGAGGGGCAGCAGGUACAGCCAACAGGUACAACUUGCCUGGAAUAGAGGGAAACCUGUCAACUUCCAGUUUUCCUGGGCAGACAGGUCAGAAGCUACCAUCACCAACUGGGAAGGCUGUCUGACUGCAUCCUCAGGACAGCUCCAGAAAUUCCUGACCCUGGGCAAUCUCAAGGCCUGUGGAUCUGUAACUCAAACUGCAACAGUGUUCAGCGAGCAUCUUGAUCUGUCCUGGGACAGCCAGAAAGUCAAACAGAGUCUGAAAUAUGAGAGACACCGGCCACUCCGGUCAGAUAGACUGCAUGCAGAAGUGGUUCUAGAGAAUAUCUUCUUGACCUCCUGCCCCAAGCAAAACUUCCUGGGAGAAAUAGAGACUAACUACCUGAACCAUCUCAGCCAUUCUCUCAGACUGGGACUCUGUAAUCUUUCCAGUGCUGUUGCGAUCUCUGGAGAAUAUCUGCUGAACCAAGGUAGCUUCGUGCUACACUCUAGGGGCCUGCUCCGCCUCGCCCCAGACCCUGGGCAUGGUUUGGUGUUGGUCUUGACCCUCAGGAACCACAGUACUCCAAAGACUCAAGACUUCUCUGGAGAGCUAGAGCUGAGGGCACCAGGAGAUCAGCAAGUAAGCCUGCUGGGAAGGGUCACUGAAUCAGCCUCUCAGAGUGUAGUCCUGCUACAGGGAAGCAUGGAAUUAGAGGAAAAGUUGGAGUUGACAGCUUCCCGAGCCCCAGACUGUCUCCGGGCUUACCUGGCAUAUGGAAAAGGGACAAAGGAGGAGGGUGUGGAGAUCAGUGCCUGCUCCGACAGAAGGCAGGUGGCCAAGGCUGAGGCCAUGCUUCGUGUCAGUGGUGGGCAAAAUGAACACUUGGGCCAGCUGAUCCUCAGGGCUGCCAACCAGAGUCUGAGCCUGGCUGCACAUGGCUGCAUCACCCCCAUUGGGAAUGUGGAGUCCAAACUGGCUGAGGUUGGCUCUCACCUACAAGCCAGACUGGUGGAGAAGUUCCAGGUGUUUGACUCCUAUCUCCAGAAGUUCCGGGACGUGGUGCAACAGAUUGACUUCCUGGACAGUGCAGCUGGCUGGGUCCUGCAGAUGUCCCAGGCUGCUGUGAGAGCGCUCCAGGCAGGGGGUAGAGCAGCAGCUGGACUAUGGAGGCAAAGCUCAGCCAGGCAGGUGCUGAGACAUCACCUCCCCCUGCACCUGGAGAGACUCCAGACUGUUAUGGAACAGACGCAGAGUGAGCUGCAAAAGCCAUUAGCCACGCUGAAGGAUGCCUACUACGAAGUCACACUCAAACCCCUGGAUGAGGUAUGGCAGGAGAGGACUGAGGAGGCUAUGAGGAGGAUGCAGGCCUAUGUGCCCUCAGGGAUGAAGGACACUUGGCUCAUGAGGCCAAUCCUGCUGUCUCUGCAAGCUGUGAAGGGUGCCCUAGAUCUGACUGCCCACCAGAUACUGAAGUGGGCCGAAGCCAAGUUCUCCAGAGCAAUAAGAAGAAUACGGAAACCCUUGUCCAGUAUUUACAGCUUCUCCGCAAGGAACUGCUCUGUGAUGAUAAGGCUUCCAGUGCUGCCAGGAGGGGAUCAGCCAACGGACUUGGCCAAAGUGACUAGCUAUCUGAUCGAAGAGAAGCUGCUACAGCCCCUUCGUGAGCUGUACGGCAUCAAUCUCCUGGCGGAGUACUACCGGAUCAAGCAUCGGCUGCUGGAGAACCCUUUUGAACACCAUGCAGUGAUGAUUGGGGACAGACACGUGGUGACAUUCGAUGGACAGGCCUAUGACCUUACCUCCAAAUGCAGCCUGUUACUCGCCAAAGACUUUGCUCACAACUCCUUCAUGUUUUUACUGAACCAGUCAAACACAAGACCUAGGUCCCUGUAUGUGGAGCUGAAUCACACAGCUUUCAUCAUCUAUCCAGGGCUUAAGAUCUACAAGAUAGAUGAUUCUUCCUCGUUGGGAGAGAAUUGUCUGGGCUUGGAUCCACUACCUGCCAAAGUCAGGGCCAAUGGGAGAAAAGAAGUUCAUAAAAUAGAAUUAUCCAAUGAGAAUGGUGCUACAGUCUCCUGCGAUAUUCAGUCUGAUCUCUGUAGUAUGACACUGGAUGGCUGGAAUCAUGGUAUGUCGGCAGGCAUCUUGGGCACCAAUGACAAUGAGGCGGGCAAUGACCUGGUGCUCCCAAAUGGCUCUCUGGCAGGAAACCUGGAUGAAUUCAUUGAGGCAUGGCAGGUGGAUGGUGAGUGCAGGACCCAGAGAAGGAAAGCAGAGGUCUGUCCUGGGGCUGCUUCUUCCAAACUCUGCAAGGCAUUCUUUCUGGAUGCCCAUUCUGAGCUCCGUAAUUGCUUCCAAGUGGUAGAUCCUGCCCGGUUCUACAGUAUGUGCAUCCGGGACACCUGUGAGAUAAGUGAACUCCAGGCUGCCUGCAGCAUGGUCUCUGCCUACAUCCACCUGUGCAGCCGAGGCUUCGUUCCCCUGGCAACUCCUCCUCCAUGUGUGUGAGAUUCUGCUCAGGGCAGCCAUAGGCUGACAAAGGAUGGCAAACUCUUUCGCCUUGUGACAUUAUCCAGCUCUAACAUCCAACAAGCAGCCGUAGUCUUGUAGAGAAUCAUCCCUAGCAAGGGGAGAAAACACAGGCACCCGAGAGAAUGAAGAAAAUGAGCAUGCCUAUGGCCUGCUGAAGGGCAGCCAUUUAUCGCUCUUUUAAGUAACAUGCAUGGCCAAGGACAUGGGAGCCUCCCCCAACAGGUUUCAGUGAAUCUCUUCCUCCUCCGCUGUAAGAGCCUAAGACACUGGGAUUCUCCUGUGCUCACUCUAGCCCCCAAAACUCUCUUCUGGCACGUCAGAGGGUGAAAAAAAGAGAGCAAUCUGCUUUGGCUCGAAAGAUGACUUAUUCAUCGCAUAUUUACUGAGCACCUACUAUAUGAAAUGCCGUGGUUCUGGAUCAAUUGUGUCAGCAGUAAGGAGGAGUGGGUAUCAGGAAGGCUGUCUUAGUUAUUAAUCCCAUCAGCUCAGGUUUCUUCCAGCUGUAUUUUGCCAUCAAAUUCCAUUUCGCCACCAGCUUAAAAGAACAAGUGACCUGACUUACUGCACAUGGCUUCCUUGACCUCAGCUGUCCCAACUUCCUACCAGGGUUGGGGAGAGUCUGGGGUUGUUGUUUGCUCAGGCAGCCAUAGCAUUUUCAAAAAGUGGGGAAGAUCUCUUGAGAUUUUCUUGUUAUCAAGUGUUUUGUUUUUUUUUUAAAUACUGCAAAUAAACUAGAUUCAAAUUUUGAGGUUUAGUGGGAACCUCCUGAAUUAAUAUUCCUGGGGAGCUCCCUAGUGAAUACUAGCAUUCCAUGAGCACUCAGUCAUAGGUUUUCAUAACUUAUUCUGGCAAUGACACGGAACAGGGUACUGAUAAAUACUGUAAUCAAACUUUUGAACUUGAUUUAAUGUAAUGUCGUUAAUUUUCUUUCUUAUUAAUAAAUUUGCUUGAAUCCAA